CUCAAACCAUAAAGAGACCCAAAAGGGACCAAAACCGAUACUUGAAUCCGUCCAAAGGGACCCAAAAGGACCCAAACCGAGACCCGAACCGGUUCGGCAGCCCCAUGGCCUCUCCGUGCCGACUGCCAUCUCCUCUGCGCUGGGCGCAGGCGCUGAGCUGCUGCCUGGCGUUCAGCACGGCGUCGGCCGCCGGCCCGUGGCUUUCUGGUGAAGGCGACGGUUGCGUGGCCGCUUGGGCCAUCUCCUUCGCCAUCACCCUCCUCUUCCUCGCCGCCGAAGCCGCCAACCGCUUGCCGUCCCGACGCGAUUUCCCCUUGGUCCACGCCACCGCUGCCGCCUUGGCUUGCGCCUCUGCUGCGGUCAUCUGGUCUUUGGGCCAUUUGAGGGACACGAGGGAUACCAACGAACGGCCUCGUGCCCUUCGCGCCACCGCCACGGCCGCAUCCUGCCUCGCCGCCCUCCUGUAUGCCGCUGAGGUCCUGCGCGACCGAGCCAAACCCGGGCAAACUGCCCCAUAUCUGGCCACACCAUCCGGGCUCCUCAAGGUAGCCGAGACCUUUGUCGCCCUCCUCCUCCUCGGCUUGGCCGCCGAGCUGGGCGCAGGAUCCGGCCCCGAGGCUUGGCGCUGGUGUUUAGGCAUUUAUUGCGUCUCCUUUGCUUUGGGGGUGCUGCUGGUCGGAGGGUGCUUGGGGGGCUGGGGCUGGUGCGGGUGGAUGCAGGAUCCAGCCAGCACGAGGCGAGCGCUGGGCGUUUACGCUGCUCUGGGCGUGGUGGCGUACGGAGCUGCCGUCGUCCUUUGGCCGCUUUACGCCUUCCGUCAGGAGAUGAGAGGACAACCCAGACGCCCGUCAGGAUGCGGCCCGACGUGUCCUUGGGACCGCAAGGUGCUGGUGGCACUGCUCACCGCCAUCAACCUGGUGGCUUACGGUGUCGAUUUGGUGCAGACGGGGAGGCUGGUACUGCUCAGGGCGUGAGAGGGCAGGAUCGGGCCCUAGACGGGGUGCUGGGUCCCUCUGUGGGGCAGGAUCAGGCCCUUAAGGGGUUAAGCAUCUUCCUAGGGGGUUGAGGAUACUCCUGUGGGGCAGGAUCAGGCCCCUAAGAUGGUCCUGGUUCCACCCUGGGGCAGGAUCAGGCCCCUAUAGGGGUUGAGCAUCCUCCUAUGGGGCAGGAUCAGGCCCCUAUGGGGGCUGAGCAUCCUCCUGUGGGGCAGGAUCAGGUCCCUGUGGGGGUCGAGAUUGGGUCGGGAAUCACCAAAGCCUUAAAGUUUGGGGGGUGGGGUGGGGUUUUGACAU